AUGGCGAUGCCACUGGCAAUGCUGCUUGACUGGUGCAGGUGGAUGGGUGUGAACGCGCACCGUUCCCUGCUCAUCCUGGGCAUCCCUGACGACUGCGGGGACCAGGAAUUCCAGGAGGCCGUGCACGCUGCCCUGUGGCCCCUGGGCAGGUACCGACUGCUGGGCAAAGUAUUCAGAAAGGAGCUUGGAUGCAAGGUCGCCUUGGUCGAGUUUGCUCAGUAUUUAAACCGAAGUUUGAUCCCUCGACAGAUACCAGGCGAAGGAGGACCCUGGCCUGUGGUCUUUCUGCCCCAGGCCCCUGAUUCAGAGUCACAGGAUAGACCAGAUUUCCCUGCACAGCCCCAGAGUCAAGCAGCAGCUAGCCAGGCAAGUGGCGCAGGAGCUGCAGGUGGGGCAGGAGCUGCAGAGGAGGAAGCUGCGAGUGAGGCAGGAGCUGCAGGGGAGGAAGCUGCGAGUGAGGCAGGAGCUGCCAGGGAGGCAGGAGCUGAAGAUGGAGGAGAGUCAGAUGAAGAAGCUGCAGGGGAGGCAGGAGCUGCAGAUGAGGAAGAAGCUGUGAGUGAGGCAGGAGCUGCAGGGGAGGCAGGAGCUGAAGAUGGAGGAGAGUCAGAUGAGGCGGGAGCUGCAGGGGAGUCAGGAGCAGAAGAUGAAGGAGGAGUGUCCCAUGAGGGAGCCGCAGGUGCAGCAGCAGCUGGGGGUGUGGCAGAAGUAGCAGGUGAGGAAGGAGCUGCCGGUGUGGCAGGAGUGGCAGGAGCUGCACGGGAGGCCGGAGCCCAAGAUGAAGGGGGGGUGUCCGAUGAGGAGGGAGCGGCAGGUGACACAGGAAUUGCCGGCAUGGCAGGAUCUGUGAGCAUGGCGGGAGCUGCCGGGGAGGCAGGCACUGCCGGGGAGGAAGGAGCUGUGGGGGUUUCAGGAGCCAUAGAUGCGGGAGGAUCUUGGACCCAGCAGUGGAAUCAGGCCCAGCAACUUGUGCUAGAAAAUAUAGCCUUUGGGGAAUUGAGAGCCUUUUCUGGGUUGGAAGAGCCAGACCAAGAGCAAGAGUCCUUUGAGAGUUGGCUGGACCAUGCCAAUGACAUGCUAUACACGUGGCGCUACGUGUCCGAAAGGGAGAGGAGGCGGCGGCUGCUGGAAAGCUUGGGUGGCCCCGCGCUGGAGCUCCUGGGCAGCCUCCUGGCAGAAAAUCCUGACAUGCCCUCGCAGGAUUGCCUGGCCGCGCUGGUACAGGUGUUUGGGGACAAGGACUCCUGCGUGACCGCCCGGCUCAAGUUCCUGACUUGUGCUCAGCGGCCUCAGGAGACUUUGUUUGCCUAUGUGAUGCGUCUGGAGGGCCUGCUGCAGUUGGCCGUGGAGAAGGGGGCCUUCCACCCUGUCGUCGCAGACCAGGUUCGCGCCAGGCAGGUGCUGAUGCGGGCCCGGCCGAACGAGCUGCUCCAGAACAAGCUGAGGAGGAUGCGACUGGAAAGGAGACCACCUGGCUUCCUGGGGAUGUUGCGGCUGAUUCGGGAGACUGAAGCAUGGGAGGCCAUCCCAGUUAGCGGUGAGCAGUUCCAACCGGAAGUAGGGGCCUGUGUGGACAGUGGAGGGCUGGCCGCCGCCCAGGCUGCCCCUGCCUGUGAGGAAGUUGCUGAAGCCUCUGCAGCCAAUGAAGAUGCUUUCCGGGCUGCCCUGGCUCUUGAAGUCGUCACCGAGGGCACCCCUGCAGGUGCAGAUGAAACCGAGGCCCCUCCAGCCAACGAAGAUCCUGCUGAGCCUGUCCCAGCCAACAUGGAGGCCAGUGAGGCAGUUCCUGGCACUGUGGAAGCUGAUAGGGCUGCCCCUGCCCCCCAGGAGAGCUCCAAGAUCUUCCCUGCCAGUCACGAAGAUAAACAUGCUCCCAUCUCUGUGGGCCUAGGUCAGGCAAGACCCUCAGAGGCCCCUGGGGGUCCCAUUCCUGCCCAGAUGGGCCGAGUUCCCAGGGUGGGCCCAGGGGGUCCUGGCUAUGAGCCAGAGGGCCUAGCCCAGGCUGGAGACCAGGAGGCCAGAGGGCCCCCUGAGGAGGGGCUGGAGCCAAUCCCAGAGGAGUCGGGAAAUGAGGAUGGGGCUGGGGAGACGAUCCCCCCCAAGUCCUCCUCAGGCUAA